UCAAACGAGGGCCGCCGUUAGCGAGUGAAAUACGCUGGCCCCUGCAACAGUGGUUUGGCCUGCCCGGCUUUCGCCCAUUUUCGGCCUGCGCUAGUCUGGGUAACUUGAGACACUGUUAACCACUUCUGAUUGGAGCUCACCGAAGGGAACACGAACGGAAAGAAUAAAAACCAGGAGCCUUCUAGCGGUCAUGUUAUCAUGGUUGUUAUUUCUGUCGUCAUUAUUGCAGAGAUAAACGCUACGUGGAUAUAGAUGCCGAUACUGGUCAUAUCGCUAGCCGUGCAGCGCUGACGGAGACUCUCGUUUAGUUUAUAUGCUGCGUCGACGUUGACGUGCGUUCUGUGCUUCCUUAGUUCAUAUUGUUGAAAACUCCCGGGUUGGUGAAUGGUGCUAUUAAAGCUAAGACGCUUGUGCUUGUUACUACAGUGGUCUUAAGGCAACGUUUGGGGAAGUCGGUUUGGCCGUUUGGUUGAUUGGUUCGUGAGGACGUGUGCUGCCUCGAUAUUUCAGUUUAGCUUAUGAGGGCUCAGUAUAUUGAAAUGCUAAGAAGAUAAAUGAUUCUAUCGAGUUCGACACGAGUAGCAUCAUGUUUUUCGUUGACGACUGAUUGCUACAAUUACCGUUACUAGCAUUAGUGAAUGACUCACUAACGCUUAAAGACUCAAUAGCAUUCGUCAACAGUGGUAGCAACUCUACCUAGAAAACCGUAGCAGCGACCUAAGGAAUAAGGAUGGCCAACGAUGAAAAAGAGACGUUGACCCUCGAUUGGUUAACUAACCGAAAUCCCCCGGCAGUUAUCGUCAUCCACCUGACAUAGCCGAAGUGCCAUAUUUAAGAAGUUUGGAAAAGUGUACUUCAAACUAAGACAUCGGUUAACUUGUUGUUAGCCGAUUAGCUGCUCAAGAUCCGCAGCCGCGAACAAGUUCAAAGUGAUUACAGAUACUGCGAAAGUUUCCCCUGAACCAGGGGGUUCAUCUGCAAUCGUCAAAAAAGUCCGCUUUCAAGACACAAUGAUGCUGACAGCAGGCGGACGCUUCGUUAAGUACGCCCUGUUCUUGGCCAAUCUCGCCAUUCUUCUCGGGGGCAUCGUCAUGUUCUCCGUAGGAGCGUGGGCUUUUAUAGACAGCAGCUUUAUGGAAAGGCUGAUCGGUAACGAUCAGUUCAUCACCUCUGCCGCCACCCUAAUGGCGUCUGGCUGCGUUGUAGUUGUCGUUUCUCUACUCGGAUGCCUUGGCGCCUUUAAAGAGAUUCGCUGCCUCCUGAUAGUCUAUUUCGUUCUCCUACUCGUGGUGUUCGUCACGAUGGUGGUUGGAGGCAUUGUGGGCUAUGUAUGUCGAGACGACGUCGACGAAAGCGUCUACCGCGCCAUGUGGGCCUCCAUCCCGUUGUACCAUAACGACAGCACUGUGAUGAAGGCAUGGGAUGAAAUUCAACGAAAUUUUAAGUGCUGCGGAAUGCGAAACAGAGGAAGCCCUAAAGACGCGCCGAAGGAUGCGUGGCGCAGAAAUUCAAAUUUCAUCGGUACUAACAUGAAGGUACCUGACUCCUGCUGUAUCAGGAUCGAAUGGCUAGGCGGUUGUAGGAAGAACCCCACUUCGAGGGACACUUUCAUGGCGGACUGCCAUACGAAGGUUCGAGACUUCAUAAAGUCACACGCUUUGGCCCUGGGAGCUGUGGGGGUCGCCGUUGCCUGCUUAGUCCUGCUGGGAAUGGCAUUCUCGUGCGCUCUAAUAAUUAUCAUACGAUAAUAGGCAAACGGUAUACAUCGUCUGCGAUAUCCAGCAGUCAGCAAAGAGGUCUGAGCUAAAAAAAAAGCGAAUACGGAAACUGUGCAAAGAAGAUCUCAUCGUGUUUGCCUUCGGAGCGAAGUUUCUACAAGGCUUCAUCAUCAAAGGUUCUUCCUUCGAACAAAACAACCUUACAUCUAGUAGAAAUCGUUGUAUAUCAAUCGCUUUACUUGAAUUCCGAUACAACUAUUGACAACUAGGCUAAUAGUAAAUGCGGAUUUUCAGAACACUCACAGACACAAAGCUGAAAUCAAGAACGCUCACCUUUCGGUGGACAAACGAGGAACGUACAAUUCACAGAUCGAUAAACAUUCUAGACAAAGCCAGCUAGAACUACACUAAGUAUUCCCAGUACGUGCUUUUCUUAAGCUUUCUUGUUUAUGUUUUCUUUUCUUUAUUAGAGACGUUGAUUAUUGUCAAAGCACAAACACCAGCAAUAAAAACAGCAACAAAAAGCUCGUGAGCAACUGUUCUGAUGACUAUUUACUGGAAUAACAAUUCGUACAACGAUGUCAUUUGUCGCCAUGGAGAAACGGGGAAAUGUUAGCCACUGAUGACUUUGUAUGAAUACUGUAUAUCUAAUGAUUAUUGAAUGAGAGCUAUGUGCACGCAAUUGCGUCAAGCAAGAUAACUUCAUCAACGAGAAACGAUGAGCUCCUUUACACAUAGUCUAUGCAAUCACAACGGUGAUAGUUAUUGUUUUCAUUAGAAACAUUUAGCUAUGUUAUUUUACUCUAUAAUACAAAGUUGAUGUAGAUACGACGCAAAACAGUUAUCGUCAAUGGACACCUGGUGGCGUGGAUCACAGUCAGGCAUUCAUAAUAACAACCGUAUCUAGCGCAUUUGGAUAAUAAAUUAG